AAAAGAAAAAUCUGGAAGAAAAAGAAAAGACCCUGAAAGAAUCCCCACCUAUAUCAUCAAUUAAAGAAUCUUCGAAUUCAGUUUUGAUCCAAGAGUCACGAGAAAACAAUAAAGAAAGGGAUC